AUGGAGACGUACCACCGCUCACUGACAUCCGUUCCUGCGCCUUUGGUGGUUUUCCAGGGGAUUUCAAGCGAAUUGAGACCACAGCCGCCGAAACGACGUAUUAGAACGCUUAAAGAGCAAGCAUAUGCGGGGCCGGGGAAGAAACAGAACUACGGGUUACAACUACAGAUAGACAGGGAAUUGGACGAGGUGAAAAACGGAUGCGUUGAACGUCUGGUUAGUUUGAUUGAGAAAUGCAACGUGAACGAUCGAUUGUGGUGGCCUAACCAGGAUAGCAGUGGACAGACAUCACAGAAGCAACAGCAGUCACAGAAGCUGGAAAAAAGCUCUUUGAAACAAAAGCAGCAGCUGCAUCAAUCAAGACAGCGCCUGAUGUCUUCUCUCAGUAGUGGAAGUGUGAACUCGAAAGGUUUAUGGUUCAACAUAAAGUACGCCGACAGCAAAUACGAGAUUGUGGUGAACGGAACAAAAUCUCCAUUGUCCCCAUACAACAAAGAAGGUGACUUCUACGGAUCACUGUUGCCACUGCAAUGGUCAGAGAAGUAUUACAGCUAUAUACCAUCGGUGUUUAUAGCCUUCUACGAGAUUGGCGCAGACAAGAGGUGGGACGAUUUAUUGGUCAACGAAGUCAACAGAGUGAAGCUCAAAUUCUCCAACACAAUGAUUAAGUUUGUAUGCAUCCUCAUAAACGUGCAUGCAAACACCACAGACAGCGAUCGAAUACAGAGCAUUGUGUCACGGAUCAACAUGAAUCCAAACUCACUUUUUGUCAUCAACGGUUUAUCUGAUGAGAUAUCCAAACGAGAGCAAACGGUAUUUAUUAGGAAGCUAAUGAUAGGGUUGAGGCAGUAUUCUAACGACUUUUUUAACGUACAGAUUCAGAAACUUAAGAGGAGAGAAAUCAAGAACGAUCAGUACUCAGAGAAAUUUUUUUCAGCAAGAAAUUUGAUAAAGAUGGCAUUGUUUGAACAGGUGAAGGGAAUUACUGACUAUUCAACAAAGCUAUUGGAAUAUGCAUACGACAGACUAUUGCAAUCCUUACGAUCGAUUGACCAUGUAUCUCAGCGAAGUCAGCAUGCUGAGGCACGUGCUUGGCUAGACGUGAUGUGCAUGCAUAUCGUCAGGUCUUGCAUAGUUUUGGGAGACGCCAAUAUCGCAUAUAGGAAGUUCACUUUCCACGUUCAACAGAUAAGAGAGUUAGACCCCAGAAACUUUACAUUUGAAUGGCUGUCUACUCAGUAUACCUGGUUGGGAGAACUAUUAGAAAACAUAAACGAAGACGUAAUACCAAUUGACCCGAUCAUGAUGCCAACUCUUGGACUGAAAGAAAUUAGAUACAAUAGUUACAAUAUGCCACAAAAUGGGUUCAACUUUUUGCAAGCAGCAGAAUAUCGGGGCUUAGCCCUUCAACAUGAAGAAACGGGUGGAUCGGAUAAUAGGGUAAUGCUAUUAACUGCCGCCCUUGAUUCCUUCAACCUGGCAAAAUCUGGGAAAUUCUCAAGAAUUGAGUCGAGAGUUUAUAUUUUGUUAGGUGACGUUUAUUAUUCGAAGAAAAAUUACAGUAUGGCAGUGAACAAUUACUUUGCUGGUCUUUCAAAUUAUAAACAAGAAUCGUGCAUUUUUAUUGUGGGUUGUGUGCUUCAGAAGAUUCUUCACUGUUAUGUUGGCUUGUCCCAAGUUCGAGAAGCAUGGGCAGUCUACAUAGAACUAUGCUCUAUCAAUGAUUCUGUUUGGAAAAAAGCAAAGGCUUUGGAUAGUACGAAGAUUUUCCUUGAUCUCAUGAAGGAAAAAAUAAUCAGCUUAGAUCUCGUUAAUGAUGAUUCACAAUCCAUCUUGAUGGAUGAAUUAAGAAACUCAGAUGAUGCUGAUGCUGAAGUUUUGGCUGCCAACACCAACAGUGGUGUACCUUUUGUAAAGGAGGGCGUUUUUGACUUUGACGUAGGUAUCAAAGAGUAUACGAAUAUGAUGAACGAAGGGGUUGACUUGCAAGUUCUGAUACGACAUAAGGGCGACAAUAUGAUUUCUAGUCUGGAGAUAAAUAAAUUGGAGAUUGAUUUGGGUGAAAACUCAGAGUUCAAAAUAAUCAGAGUUACCAAUGAUGGAGAAAAUUAUGAUGCAAAUAAUGUUCUUGAGAAUGAGGAAAACUCGAAAUCGGUUGUGCUAUAUGAAUUGACUUGUGAUUCCAAAGAUAUCAGCGAGAGUAUAACGUGUCCUUUAGCUUUCAAAACUAUCGAUGGACGAAUCAACCGCAAGUGCAUCAUUCUGCAGAUACACGUCUGUUCUAGCGUUGUUGGAAAGUUUUACGUUCCACGGGUUCGGGUCAAUGGAACAUUGAAUGACGUUCAGUUCAGCACAGUGAUUAAUAUCGCAGGUCUUGACAGCACAUCCCGACCAUUUUUGAAGUGGUUCGUAAAAGAUGGAAAAGAUCAGGUCUUGAACAACCAUUAUCCAACAAACUCAUUCGAGGUUCUCCCUAAAAUCCCCAAAAUAAAAUGCAAUCUCAAAUAUGACAGAGUUGGAUUCAAUGGCAGGGUGUUUCCCGUGUUUCUCAAGUUCGUCAAUGAAGACACUGACAGCCCUGUGAAGGUCCAUAUUAAAGGCGAUGGAGUUUUGAACAAGAAAUAUGAUGUUGCUGUGAAAUGGGGUGAGGACCACACUGAUAAAAGUUUUGACAGUCAAGCUAUCAUGAAACCAGGGGAAAGUGUUACCACUUCGUGUGUGCUUGAGAUGCCACAGAUCAGUGGGCUACCGAUGAGUACGAUCGAAGGGGAGAGUGAUGAUAAUGAAGUUUUCAACUGCAACAUCAAAUUCCAUAUUGAGUACGAACUUCUGAACGAGGGAGUCAGUAUUGAAGUGAAAAAAGAGGCUAGAGUGAAAAUAGUAGAAAUGAUUGAAUGGCAUACAGAAUUAAGAGCUGAUCAGCAUGGUGAAUUUCCCAACCUGUUCAUCAUUGACGAAAAGAAGAUGCUCGACGUUGGAGCCAACAUGAACAUCCCUGUGCAUACCAGGAAAUGGCUAUUUACGUUAAACCUGCGCAACGUUUCGUUUGAGCAGAUGAAUAUCACCUCGUGCAAAUUUGUAGUUCGUGGGCCGAAGGAUGUGACGUUGACACUAACGCCCGAGGUAGAGGACAACGAAGACGACGGCACGAUUUUAAAAAGCAUGGGGGAAAAGAAAUUGAAAGUUUGGCUUGAUGUUGUGUGUUACGAGCGAAUCAUACGAUCUGUGCCCGUGGACGUUCAGUGUGUGAUUGAUUACUAUAUUGAAGAGAUGAAGGAUGUUGUGCAACACUACCGAUUGGAAAUGUACAAGGCGAACCUCCCGCACGUGGAUCCACGGAUGUUGGUGGUAGUGAACGAAGGCGGAUCCAAGGAAGAGCUGGUGGUUACGUACAUCAUGGAAAACCCGACAGACCGGAUCUUCCAGUACCAGACGAACUUGAACCCCGUGAGUGGGGUGGAAAUUGUCGACUAUGUGAAGAGCAUGCAGUUGAGUGUUAUGCCAUUCAUGCAGGAAAAAAUUGAGCUUGUAUACCGGGUGGACCGACAAUACCAGGAGGGACGGGCUGAGAUAGCUUUGCCUGAAUUCACGCUGUACGACCGGCAGUUCCAGGUGUUUGUGAAGCCCAAUGUUGCCGAUGACCGGUUGCGGUUUGUCGACGGGCAUCUAUUUCUACGUGAAUGA